GCGCGUUUCCGGGUUGGAGGCGGGGAGCGCUGCCGGAAGUAGUCGGGGAGGGCCGCGCAGUCGGACCGGCUGCUGAGACGAACGCUUCACUGGGGCAGUCUCCGCAUAUCAUGGGGAGAUAGACGCUGCUGCCUUUAAUUGGCCUUGGUCCUUACAGCUCCAGAAAGAAACAGGAUCUCGAUAAGCUCUAUGAGCUGAAGUCCAAAGCUCGGCAGAUUAUGAACCAGUUUGGCCCCUCAGCCUUAAUCAACCUCUCCAAUUUCUCAUCCAUAAAACCGGAACCAGCCAGCACCCCUCCACAAGGCUCCAUGGCCAAUAGUACUACAGUGGUAAAGAUACCAGGCACUCCUGGGACAGGAGGUCGUCUUAGCCCUGAAAACAAUCAGGUGUUGACCAAGAAGAAAUUACAGGACUUAGUAAGAGAAGUGGAUCCUAAUGAGCAGUUGGAUGAAGAUGUGGAGGAGAUGCUGCUGCAGAUUGCUGAUGAUUUUAUCGAGAGUGUGGUGACAGCAGCCUGUCAGCUUGCGCGGCAUCGCAAGUCCAGCACCCUGGAGGUGAAAGAUGUUCAGCUGCAUUUAGAGCGCCAGUGGAACAUGUGGAUCCCAGGAUUUGGCUCUGAAGAAAUCCGACCCUACAAAAAAGCUUGCACCACAGAAGCUCACAAACAGAGAAUGGCAUUGAUCCGGAAAACAACCAAGAAAUAACACAAGGAGUGGUCAGGGAAUGGACAGCAAUGUAUUUGGAGAUACUUGAGCUGAGAACUCAGCCAUCUCAUCCUUGGAUUUUUUUUUUUUUUUAAUGCUUUACAGAGAAGCAUAUAUUUUUUAUUAACAGUGCAGCAAUAUCUAUAAUGACUGAGAGGAUCUGCCAAAAGAAUAAAGCCUCCCACCCCAACUUCCGGUCCCUUUUCCCUGCCAUCUCAAAGAGGAGCAGUGUAUCUUCCAGAGAAGAUUUUAUUUGUGGUUUAUUAUAUAAGUGACUGAAUAUGGACAAAGUAUUAUGGUCUUUUGGGGUAAGACAGUAUUAGCAGGAUUUGUAAAGGGUUUUGUUUCCUUCUCCCUUCCCCUUUUCCCUGUACUUUGUAAUGUCAGUGUUUAUAUGAAUAUGACUUUCAUUUGCUUUUUCAGAAUAAAGAAGUUAUUAAUCAAAA